CUGUCAACAGCGGAGCCUCUCUCUUAUUUUUUCACUCAGGAGCGCGCACGCAGGCGAGAAGUCACACUAGCCGACCCACCGCGGCGAACGCUGCAUUCCUUGGCGCGCGCGUGCCCGAGCCUCUGACGGCAUAGCGUGACGGCUUUCUAUUUUCUGUUUCCUCCCGCUCCCUUAUUCCGGCCUCCCUGAUCCUACGUCACCGCCAUCCAUCCACCCACCCCCUCUCUCCUGUGAUUAUCGCGAAUCGUGGCUUCUCUCUCGCGCGCGCGCUUCCCUACUCGCGCAACUUCGGAGAGAGAGAGAGCGAGCAAUACCCAGCCUGCAAUUCAAAGUAGACUUCUCUCCGGACCCGGUUCGUGCUGCCUCUUGUGUCCCCAGGAAUGAGAAGCGAUGUCCGGCUCUGGCAACGAGGAGAAAACCUUCCGAAGGUUCCUGGAGCUCUUCCUCCGGGAGAUGAGGCCCCCGCUGCAGGAGGACCAGCCGCUCCCGAUGCGCCCUUUGUCGGAUCUCAUAUCGGAGGACGAAGUGGAGGGAGAGUGCAUCGACCUGUGUCUUCAGCACCUGUGCAAAUAUAACUGCCCGUUCUCCUUGGCGUCAGGGCUGGCACGUGGCACAGCUGAUGCCGUCCUGCAGAGUGACCUGUCUGGGUACCAGAACAGCAAACCCACCGAGGAGGGCACUGAGCCAUUCCCCCAGCUGGACUCGGUGAAGGUGGCUCGACUGGCGUUUAAUAAGCUGUUCGACACAUGCUACUCAUGGCUGAAGGAGUUUCCAUACCGGCGCCGAGCGCAGCCGUACUACGAGACGUCCAUCCACGCCAUCAAAAACAUGAGGCGCAAGAUGGAGGACAAGCAUGUCGUCAUCCCCGAAUUCAACAGACUCUUCAACCUGCAGGAUCAGGAGGAGCAGGCAUACUUCGCCGUGUUUGACGGUCAUGGGGGCGUGGACGCUGCCACCUACGCCGCCAACCACCUGCACGUGAACCUGGUGCGGCAGGAGAUGUUCCGCCAGGACCCCGCAGAGGCCCUCUGCAGAGCCUUCCGCGUCACCGACGAGCGCUUCGUACAGAAAGCAUCGCGGGAGCACCUGCGCUGCGGUACCACCGGCGUGGUGACGUUUGUGCGCGGCCGCACGCUGUACGUGGCCUGGCUGGGAGACUCUCAGGUGAUGCUGGUCAGGAGGGGCCAGCCAGUGGAGCUCAUGAAGCCUCACAAGCCAGACAGAGAGGAUGAGAAGCAGAGAAUUGAGGCACUUGGGGGGUGUGUUAUCUGGUUUGGCACAUGGAGGGUCAACGGCAGCUUGUCCGUAUCCAGAGCUAUCGGCGACUCCGAGCAUAAGCCCUAUAUCUGCGGCGAUGCUGACCACAGCGCGUUCCCGCUGGACGGCUCGGAGGAUUACCUGAUCCUGGCGUGCGACGGCUUCUACGACACGGUCAACCCGGACGAGGCGGUGCGCAUCGUGAGCGACCACCUGACGGAGAACUCGGGCGACACGGCCAUGGUGGCGCACAAGCUGGUGGCGUGCGCGCGCGACGCAGGGUCAAGCGACAACAUCACCGUCAUCGUGGUGUUCCUGCGUGACCCCCGCACCCCUCUGUCCACCACUGACCCCCAUACGCCCGGCGACGAGGCGCCCGCGCCCGAAGACCAGACCGCCCAGGAGGAAGAGGAGGCCGAAGACCCGGCGCCCGGGGAGACGGGUUGCCAUGACGGCGGCGAGGGAGGAGGCGGGAAGGGCCGCGCGGCCGGCUGGCCACUGCAGCAGUGCUCGGCGCCGGCGGACCUGGCCUACGAGGACCGCAUGGAUUCCUUCACGGACAGAACUAGCCUGAGUCGGACCGGGCCCAGCCUCGACAUCGAGGGCGGCAGCGGCAGCGGGAGCGGCGCCCUGCGGCUGCCCGUGCUAUCCCAUCAGCCCCCACGACGGGCCUUCUGCACCCCUGAGCUGCUGGAGGUGCCGGGGCAGGUGUGGUCAUGGCGAGCGAGUGCGGAGGAUGAGGGGCUGUGCGUGUACCGCUCCCGCGGGCACCUCCCACCACGCCGCUCCGACGGACUGCUGCUGCCCGCCCCCAUCCUGUUGCCCACGGCAACGCUCCAGCAGUCCCGCGGAGAUCGCCGUCGGCGAAGGAUGAAGCGCCCGCCCCUCAGGAGGGCUGGGCCAAUAGGCCGGCUUGUCUCAGGCCCCUCCCCCCAGAGGCUGCUGUGGGGCCAGUCCCCCCCGGCCCUGGAGUUCCAGCUGGGCCCUUGAUGGGGCCCCUCGACCCCCCCACGGCCCACUACUGCCCCCUACUGCCCCAGCACUCACCCCUCCACCCUCCCCCCUGGGGCAACAAGACUCCUCAUCCCGCAGCCAUUCCAUCCUCCCUCACACACACACACACACACACUCACACACACACUCACACACACUCACACACACUCACGCACGCACUCACUCACUCACACACGCACGCACGC